UGACGUGUGAUCGCUCGGUUUCGUUCCUUGGAUACUCAGACAGACAUGGACCGUUGGCUCUCCGCUCAUUGUCAACAGGUAUUCCCCGGGUUAUGAACAAGUUCCGUUCCUACGCUUGCGACGUAACCGGAAUUUCCGUUGUUUGUAUUUGAAGCCUUAAUGAAAUGUGGACACUGGCCCUUUAAAACCUGACUACGUCAAAGUAGGUGGUGACGUUCCAUGGCGGUAUAAUCAUUACCAAUGAUGCUGGUUCUAGGUGAGUAUACUCGUCGCUGUCACAACAACAUCUGUUCGAUUGGACUUGCUUGUUUAGCAACAUACUCGAUAUGUGCGAUUGGCUGGCAACCAGUUCAGUGUGUGCACGGCCGUCCUCCAGUCCAAAGUCAGCUGGAAUAGGCUCCUCUACACCCGCGACCCAGAAGCGGUAGGGAGAACAGCAGGAUGAUCUACAUCAUCAUGGGAGUGUCAGGCUCUGGGAAAAGCUCUUUGGGGGCCUUCCUAUCAGAAAAGCUAGGGUGGCCGCUACAUGAAGGCGACAGCUUCCACUCAGAGGAGAAUGUGGCCAAAAUGGCUCGUGGAGAAGCACUCACCGACCAGGAUAGGUUUCCUUGGCUUCUAAGACUGCAUGAUGUCAUUGAAAGGGAAAGAUGUUCCGGCUCUGAUGCACUUGUGGCCUGCUCAGCCCUCAAACGCUUUUACAGACUCAUCCUCCUUCACGGCUCCAAAGCCUUCUCUAUCUCUACCUCCUCUCCUCCACUUCCACACUCUCUCCCCAACACCUUCUUUCUCUACUUGCACGGAAAUCAAGAGGUCAUCCGUCAGAGGAUGGUUGCCCGCAGAGGACACUUCAUGAAGGCAGACUUGCUGAACUCCCAGUUUGAUGUCCUUGAGCCCCCUGGGGAGGGGUCGGAGGAGAAUGUUAUCCAUCUGGAUGUGAGCAUGAGCCUCAUUGACAUGACUGUGGAGGUGGAGAAACAUCUUAACAGCCUCAAGCCUCCAAGACUGAAUAUCCAUUGAAGUUGAUCUCAGCGCUGUACAUGUGUCUUGUAUCUAAUUAUGUGAUUAACUUCUGUUAUUCAGACACUUCCACUUGUCGUGUUUUAUACAGACAAGUUUCCUGAGCGAAACGUGGGCGGCGCCUCUUCGACAUUUUCUGCUACGAACUUCUGGUUUAGACAGAACAACAUGAAGUGCGCUUGAAGUAAGCAGUGUGUAGACAAAGUUAAAACUGCAAAAUCAAACCAGUGGAACCCACGGAAUCUCCGAAAAUGGAUUCAGCACGACGUAGAUGAAGCUCCAGGACUUCUGUAUUGUUUGUUUGUUCUUAUCACUUUAUUGAUUAUUUGUGGACAAAAUUCUAACAAGCUAUGCAGCCUAUGCUGACAUGAGGUGUAGAUUGACACGCCGGCCACUUGAAUGACCAAAAUGAGGCUAAUUACAAAUAAUAUACAGUAUAAUUGUCUUGAUAUACUGUAUGUCCAUCAACAUGCUGUUGUGAGGCACAUCAAGUUGUCUUCCCUUUCCUAACAGUGUUUUCCACCUGUUAACAAACGGACAAAAAACGUGUAACACUUGAAUUUAUGCAUUUAGGGUAAAAAGCCCAUGUAUGACUUGUAGUAGAUGACUGUUUGUUUUCCAUUCUUUGUUGUUGAAGCUAAUGCAAAGCUAAUGAUGUCUUAGCUGUGACGCAAUGCAGGAUUGCAUUCAAAUUGAGCAUAAUUGUACCUGUUACUGCUUUAUGGUGGCACCGUUUUGGUUCCGCAUCUGCCUUCAUGAACAAAAAAUUCCAAUAUUCAUGUAUUAGGACACAUUCAACUGGAUGCUUCGGAGAUUUUCAGGUCCCUGAUUGUGUUUCUAUUCACUGCCAUUAAAUCAAUAGCCAUUUCCUGACAUGUUGUCCUCCCAUGUCGUGAUGAUGGCAGAUGGA